AUGGAAGCGGAUGAUAAGAAGCCCACUCUUGUGGCUUCAACAAAUGAUACCUAUUCUUGUUCUAUAUCAACUUCUCAUUUGCGCGAGCUGGAAUUGAGGAAAAACGACGCGGCGCAAGACGGAACAGAAUCUGUGGAAGAUGAGGGGUUGAACAAAGACGAAGAUCAUAGGAUCAGAGAUGAAGAUUUGGAGGUUAAUUAUUUUAAAAGUGCGCAAUGGACACCCGACGGAACAACUCUCCUGACUUCCUCCGCCGAUAACCAAAUCCGUACAUUCAUCCUGCCGCCCACGCUUCUCGAUGAUCCUUCUACUCCACUAUCUCUCACUCCCUACACAUCACACACCUUUCCUACCCCCGUGAAUUGCAUUGCUCCCUACCCACACUAUUUACUCUCAGACCCCAGCACAACCCUUUAUCUCAGCUGUCCUAAUUCCCUCCCAAUCCGCCUCUCAAACAUCCUAUCUCCAACUGCUACCCCCCAAGCCAGCUAUAAACUUAUCUGCCCCACCACCGAAAAAUACCUUACACCUGCAUCUAUUCUCUGGAGCUCCCCCGGGACCCAUUUCCUAACCGGGACCGAAUGUCUCAUAUCCCACUUCGAUAUCUCUCGGCCCGGAUCCGGUCCCGUCACUAAGCUCCCCACUAUUCCUUCCAAACGCCAUAAAAUCAAGGGUGGCGGCGUGGGAAUGCGCGGUAUUGUAAGUGCAUUAUCGUUGCAACCAUGUCCUGAACCGUCUGGUACAAGUAUUCUCGCAGCCGGCACUUGGACAAGGUGGCUUGGUCUCUAUGAUGCUUCUGGAUUGGGCGGAACCGUUGCUACAUGGGAUAUUUCUUCAGCAGCUGAUAGUGAGGCAGGGGUUGGAGGGCAAGGGGUUAGUGAGGUGGGGUGGAGUAGCUGCGGAAGGUACUUGUGGGUUGCGGAACGGAAGAGCAGAGGUGUGCUUGUAUAUGAUGUGAGGGUUACUGGGAAGCUGAUUGCUUGGCUAGAGGGCAGGGAAGCGGAGACGAAUCAAAGGAUGGGAGUGGAUUCUUUCGAAGGGGAGAAGGGGAUGGAGCUUUGGACAGCGGGCACAGAUGGUGUUGUGAGGGUGUGGGAGGGAAUAGGGAAGAAGGAAGGGGGUGUUGAGUGCGAUUGGGAGUGGAAAGCUCAUGACGAUCCAAUAGGCUCGACAGUAUUACAUCCAUCUGGAACAGUCAUAGCAACAUGUUCAGGCCAAAGAGCUGAAACGAACAUCGAUCUUGAUGUUAAUGAUGAUGAAAGCUCACAAAAUUCGCUGCAAUUACCGCCUAGGACACCUAAAGAUACAGGCAGAACAGCAGAUAAUAGUUUAAAAGUGUGGAGUUUAUAA